GCUCAUAUUUGGCUCAUAUUUGUUGCUUUUGGUGUAUCAGACAGAGUCAAAAAUGGGGCUUUAGCUCUCAACUGUUCUCUGCAGGGUACAGCGCGUAUACCUGCAUUCUCAAUGGAAGGGGAGUUCAUUAUUGGCGGCGUUUUUUCCUUUCGUUACAAGGAGCUCACAAAGAUUCACAGCUAUGGCACUGUGCCUGAGCCGCCCACCUGCACAGGGAGUAUCAACAGUCGUGAACUGCGCUUCGGUCGUGCAAUGAUCUUUGCAAUUGAGGAGAUAAACAACAGCACAGAGCUGCUGCCUGGGAUUAAACUCGGGUAUAAGAUCUACGAUUCAUGCGCCUCUGUGACUGUGGCCACUCAUGUGGCAUUUCAGCUGUCAAACGGGGAGGACCCCAUGAUCCAGACAGGACAUAAUUGUUCUAAUGUAGGCGUGGUAACGGGUGUUAUUGGUGAAUCCGGAUCCACUCCAUCUAUUGGCAUGUCAUGCAUCUUUGGUCCCUUCAAUAUUCCUCUGGUGAGCCACUUUGCUACCUGUGCAUGUCUGUCAAAUAAGCAGCAGUUUCCGACUUUCUUCAGAACGAUUCCCAGUGACCAUUACCAAGCUGAUGCGUUGGCCAAACUGGUGAAACACUUUGGCUGGACUUGGAUCGGAACAAUCCAUUCUGACUCAGAUUAUGGAAGAAAUGGCAUGGCCUCUUUUCUUGAAGCAGCACACAGAGAAGGGAUCUGUGUGGAGUACACUGAAGCUUUCUAUCGGACUGACCCAAAGAGCAAGAUCCAAACAGUCGCUGAUGUUAUCCGCAGGUCGACAGCAAUCGCUAUAGUGGCAUUUAUAGCUGAUGGUGAUAUAAAAUUUCUAUUAGAGGAGCUAAACCAACAACCUUCUUCGCCUCGUCAGUGGAUUGGAAGUGAGGGCUGGAUAACAGACCUUCAGAUGAUGAGAUUCAGUUUCUGUGCAGGAGCCAUUGGAGUUGCUAUUCAGCAAUCUGUCAUCCCAGGACUUGGAGACUUCCUGCUGGGUCUCUCUCCCUCUGAAGUAGCCGCCUCCUCCGUCCUCACAGACUUCUGGGAGGAAGCAUUCAACUGCAGCUUGACGAAAAUUCUUUCUACAAAAAAUAAACCAUGUGAUGGAACUGAAGACUUAAUGACACUCAAGAUCCCGUAUACUGAAACGUCUAAAUUCAGAAUUACCAACAUGGUGUACAAGGCUGUUUAUGCCAUAGCACACGCUAUUCACAAUGCAGUGUGUCAGGAAACUAAUUUCACUAAUACCUGUAAGAAACAAAAAGGGUUGGACUUAAAUCAGGUUUUUACUGAGCUAAAGAGAGCGAAUUUUACCCAGAAUGGUUACCAUGUGUCUUUUGAUGCUAAUGGAGACCCGGUGGCUUCAUAUGAUGUUGUAAACUGGCAGAAAAGUGAGAGUGGAGAUAUUGAACUGGUAACAGUGGGAUACUAUGAUGCUUCAUUGCCCAAAGGCCAGGAGUUUCACAUUUACAAGAAUCUAACCUGGUUGGAUGGAAACACGAAAGUUCCAGUGUCAGUUUGCUCAGAGAGUUGUCCUCCAGGAACUCGUAAAGUGUUGCAGAAAGGAAAACCAAUCUGCUGUUAUGACUGUAUACCAUGUCCUGAAGGAGAGAUCAGUAAUAUGACAGAUUCUCCUGAUUGCUUCCCAUGUCCCAGAGAGUUCUGGCCAAAUGCAGAGAGAGAUGCUUGUUUCCCAAAACCUGUGGAGUUUCUUUCCUUCGAUGAAGUCCUGUCAAUAAUCUUGGCUGUAUUCUCUGUUAGUGGAGCCUUUCUCGCUGUCAUUACAGGAAUGCUUUUCUACCAUCACAGAACAACUCCAAUUGUCAGAGCCAACAACUCUGAGCUGAGCUUCCUGCUGCUCUUCUCUCUGACUCUGUGUUUCUUAUGUUCAUUAACUUUCAUUGGAGCCCCCUCUGAGUGGUCCUGCAUGCUGCGGCACACAGCGUUUGGCAUCACAUUUGUUCUCUGUAUCUCCUGUGUUCUUGGGAAAACUAUAGUGGUUCUAAUGGCCUUUAAAGCUACACUUCCUGGUAGUAAUACAAUGAAAUGGUUUGGACCUGUACAACAAAGAAUGACUGUAAUGUCUGUAACUUUAAUUCAAGUUUUAAUAUGUAUCAUUUGGUUGGUUGUGAGUCCUCCCUUCCCAGUGAAAAAUCUGACCACCUACAAGGAGAAGAUCAUCCUGGAAUGUGCGUUAGGCUCUGCUGUUGGUUUCUGGGCUGUGCUCGGCUACAUCGGCCUGCUGGCUGUGUUUUGCUUUGUGUUAGCUGUUCUAGCUCGGAAACUACCUGAUAAUUUCAACGAAGCCAAGAUGAUAACCUUCAGCAUGUUGAUAUUCUGUGCAGUCUGGAUCACCUUCAUCCCAGCUUAUGUCAGCUCUCCUGGAAAAUUUACUGUGGCUGUGGAGAUAUUUGCUAUUCUGGCCUCCAGUUUUGGACUCAUACUGUGUAUAUUUGCUCCAAAGUGUUUCAUUAUUUUGUUUCAGCCAGAGAAGAACACUAGGAAAUAUUUAAUGAACAAAAACCCAAUGUAA